AUGAAUAUCACUGUGAUUAGCUGCAAAAAUUGCACGUUUCUCAUCGAUUAUUCUCGUCGUGAUUGUGCAAAUGAACCAAUUGAUACAAAUGAAAUCACUUGUUUCGAUCCGAUUCCUUUUACAAUUAAUGGAGAGUUUUUGAGCUACACAAAUUGUUAUGGUUUGAUGCCUUUUGAAAUGGAUCUCGUUUCAAGUCGCUAUCUCUUCUUUUGUGUAUUUGAAAUCAAUGCCGACACGCUUUUUGUGGAAUCAAUGGAAAACACAACAAAUUUCGAAUACGCGAUUCUAUUUCGAGUCAAGGAAUGGAGUGAUGUUGGCAAGAAAAUAUUGAUUAUGCCAGCUGAUCGAGAACCGGAGAAUCCCUGUAUUGCGCUUGUUGCUCCGAAUACAAUCGUCACUGUUGUGGCUCAUCCAGACGCCUUUGAUUCAAACAAUGGACCAAGCUUCGAAGUUGCUGUCAAUUUCUACAGCAUCGGUGACCAGUUUGCUUUGCCGUGCCCAUUUCAAAUUGAAACAACGUGUAACCAUGACAUGUUGUUGAAUGUAUUUUCUGGCUCAACUCCCGCUUUACUGGAUGAGAACCAACCAAAUUUCCUUGUCAGGUUACCCGUUUCAAAAAGUUCAGCGCUUCGAGUUUCUGUGGCGUCGAUGUUCUCCACAAGUGAUUGCACAUAUUGUUUGAUUUUUACUUCGAAUGUCGAUGUAGACAACAGCUAUGCUUUCCUAUAUGAUGAAUGGAGGCACGAUUUGCAUCCAAUCUCACUCACCAGUUAUGAGUACCCGUGGUAUUUUGGCGAAACGCAGCUCCAUGAAGAUUGUUUUGUCCUUCAAACUUCCUAUUCACGGUAUAAAGAUGAGGAAGAUCCCGACUUCCAAACUUACGAUGAUUUUCUGGCAGAAACCAAUAAAUGUCAGCGCAAAGUUGAACCAGUUCUGAAUAUCAGCUUAAGUUCAGCAAUUUUAAACGCAGAUUUUGAUACAAUGGGACUGUGCUUUUGGUUCCAAUGGUGUCCUAACCCAGGCUUCUCCUACCAAAAAGGAUUUGAUCUUCUCCUCACUCCUGUAUAUUUAAAAGACUGUGAUCUCACUUAUUUUCUAACCGACAAUAAUCCAUCAAUUGUUUUUCAUGGAGUCUAUUUCAUGUCUCAUUUAGAAGAUCAGAUUUGCUUUGAAGUUGAGAAUUGCACAAACUGUGAGCCGAUGGUUGUUACAAGUCGGUAUUGUUCGUUUAAUGAAACGAAGGAUGGCUGUGCACUUGCUAGUCCGUUCAACUUCAAGAAUACUUUGGCUGACUUGAAAUGCAGCUACCAAAAAGAGGAGGAGCAGAAUUUGAUUAAAGAACGUUGUACAUUCUGUCUAGAAGAAAAGCUGAUUCUUGCAGUCAAUGGAAAUAUCGACAUUUUCCAAAGCGCCAUCAUGAUAUCAAAAGUUAAAUUUCAAGUCGACUUGGAACCAACGUUUACUGUUGGAGCCAAAAUCUUGACCACUAAUGCUAAAAUUUUGGCCUUGGACCAAAGAAAAUUGGUGGUGUUUGCACUGGGUUCAACUCUGACUCCUGUAUCGAAUCUUGUUUUAUCGGAAUUUCGUUGGAGUCAUGCGCCUGAAGAAAUGAAUUGCGAGUAUCGGUUUUGCAUUGGUCCACCACGAUUGCACGAAAAUGACUCACUAGCUGAACCGGUAUUAACAUUUCGAGACAGUGACGUGUUCGUGCCUCAGUUUCUCCUUUCAGAUGUUUACACCGUCGAAAUCCCACAAUUUUGUAGCCCACUGUACUCAAUUGAACCAAUAAAAGAUUACCAACGAGAAACUGCGAUAUUGGAUCAGAAUUUGUGUGAAGGGACGGCUCUCAUAACGUCUGCUUACAUUUACUUUAACGAGUUAGACUCAACAAACGGUGAAAUUAGACGAUGGAACCUCUCUUGUUUACAACAUCCUGUCGAAAUUCGCAUAGAGAGCCGUUUGAUUGAAACAAACACGACGAUGAUUCGAUUCGAUGAUUGGCAAGGGAAUGUUGUGAUGAGUAGAAAGCUGCUGGCUGGGGAGACGAUCAAUGAAACGGUCAGCGGAGCAUCGAGUAUCUUGAUAAACUGGACUUCAACAGAAACAAAUGGCUAUAUCACCAAAAUUGAUCUCAUUCUUCUCGCUCACUUUCGAAAAAUCUUUCACUUCGAAAUAAGACUUGCUUUUACUGAAGCUUUUACUGCUUCACUUUUAUUUGGUUUUGCCACAGCC